AUGCGGACUCUCUGCUCUCUGAUGCUGAUAUGCUGCCUCCUUUUCUCAUACACCACCCCAGCUGUUGGUGCUCUAAGUGAAAAAGAAAAAAUUGACUGGUGCCAGAAGAAGGGAGGGUACUGUUACUUUUAUUGUUUUUAUUCUCACAAAAAAAUUGGAAGCUGUUUCCCGUCGUGGCCCUACUGUUGCAAGCCCCUACAAUGA